AUAAUUUCGUUUGCGCAUGCGUGUGGUGUGCGUCGUUAACUACAGUCUAAUGCAACCCAGCACGUUUUAAACUGCCAGAAGCAUCAUUUUAAAGCAUGUCAGACAAAGGAGAAGUGGAUUUAACUGGUGCCAAACAGAACACGGGUGUGUGGCUUGUAAAGGUACCCAAAUAUCUCUCUCAGCAAUGGGCCAAAGCGACCGGCAGAGGAGACGUCGGCAAACUGCGAAUAUCCAAGAAAGGAAACCAAGGAAAAGCAGAGGUGUCUUUCACUCUGAACGAAGAGCUGACCGUGAUCGAGGGCAUCGAGGACAAGUCUGUGUCGGCGCCUCGCGAGCACCCGUUCACCAUGCAGACGGUGGGAGGUCAGACGCUGGCGGUCUUCACCGAGAAUUCAUCGGGCCAGUCAGAAGAAAGAUCUGAUGGCAGCAGCUCAGUUUCGGGGGCGGGGGCAGGUCCAGAUAAAAUCGCCCUGGAGGGAGUGGUCGUGCAGAGGGCCGAGUGCAGACCUGCUGUCAGCGAGAGCUACAUGAGGCUUAAGAGGUUGCAAAUUGAAGAGUUGGCUAAGCCGGUCAGGCUGUCACAACAGCUGAAGACGGCUGUCACCACCAACUACAAACCAGUAUCCAACCAUCCAAACAAUCUGGAGUACGAGCGGAGAAAGAAGGAGGAGGGCAAGAGAGCAAGAGGAGAAAAACCGCAGGUGUUGGACAUGCUGUUCUCUGCUUUUGAAAAGCAUCAGUACUACAACAUCAAAGAUCUGGUGGAUAUCACCAAACAGCCUGUGACAUACCUAAAGGAAAUCCUGCGUGGCAUUGGCCUCUACAACGUGAAGGGAACACACAAGAACACCUGGGAGCUCAAACCAGAAUACAGACAUUACCAAGGGGAGGAAAAGACUGACGAAUAGAGGAUGUGCCGCCAUCUUAUUUUGAUAGAGGCGCUGACCCUCCCAGUAUGUGUUGGUGUCUGGAUUCUUUUUCUUCCAGCCAAAGCAACAAUGGAUGAGCUCCUCUGCAGGUUGUGAUUCAGUGAGGUUGCAUCUGGUUAUUUUGUAGGAGACAAGGGCACCAAUUCAAGUUACUCCUUGAGGCCUCUGUAAGAUGGUGGUUCUGUGCCAGAGGCUCAGGACAUACGUAGCAUUUUGCAUAUAGGAAUGCAGUUUUACCAUUAUUUUUUAAAUGAUAGGUAGUUCCCACUGCCCACCUGACAUGUGCCGAGGAAGUUCAGUGUUACUAAUUUUACCUGAAGACAGGCAUUAUUGCUGCAAGUCUUGCUACAUGUGCUUAAGGCGGCCUGUGUCUCAUCUGCAGUUUAGACGAAUUGUGCAAUAAAUGUUUUUCUACA